AUGGGUCGUGCUGCUGAUGUUGGAGAACAAGGAGUUGAUGAAGAUUUAGAUGAAGCACCGCCUGAAUUGUCACUCACCGAGAACUCGUUCUUUGCAAGAUUGAAGAUUCUUGGCAAGCGCCUUUCUAAGAAGCUAGUGAUCGCUGCAGCAGCAAACAGAGACACCAAGUCUAUCGUCCAGAUUUCACGUUCCAACAUUUAUCGCUUUGGUGACCCAAACUUCGCAGCGCCGGUCUUUCGUGAUGAAAAGACAGCCCUUUUGCAGACACUCCUAGGUCACCUACGCAUAACCCCUCCUCCGCCCUUACCUGGAGAACUAUUUCCUUGCCUCUCAGACCCUCCACGCGACCCACGCAACUGUGUGGCUUUUGUAUCAUUUGCGCAUCGGCCGCGCGUAGCAGGUGGUACCUUCUACGACUACACUUCUCGAUACGGCGCAGUCAAAGAAGACCGUGGAAAGGUGAAGACUCCCGUUGAAAUUGUGCAGGACGAAGUGAAGAAGGGCAUCUUUGAGGACCUAACUUCAAGACUAGGUCUUUCCUCCCUGUUGGAUCUAUCUUUGUUAGCUUUAUCAAAUGGCCAGACGCGUCGAGCACGCAUUGUGAAGGCUAUUUUGUCUGAACCAGAGCUCCUCGUACUCGACGAACCUUUAACCGGCCUUGAUGUUAAUACUCGCCCAAUCUUGCUGAAUAUCCUCCGGUCACUGCACGAGUUUCGCAGUCCACGCAUCAUCAUGGGUAUCUGGAUUCAGGACCCUGUUCCUGACUGGAUUUCGCACGUCGCUCUAGUGACGGGCGAAACUAUCCUGACAGGUGUCAAAGAUGAAAUCAUGUCCAAGCAUGCGGAAUAUCAUGCAAAGGAAGCUGAGCAUAGAAUGGCAAGCACCACUCAGUCAUAUCUGCAGUCUGGCCUCAAUCAUGGAAAGCCAGUAGUUAACAUGAAGAAUGUAAACGUAUCAUAUAGCCCACGCAAGGUGCUCAAAAAUAUCAAUUGGACCAUCCACACUGGCACCUUCUGGCAUGAAUGGUUCCGGGAAAACUACACUUUCGCUUCUGACUGGCGACCAUCCCCAGUCUGACACUCAACGAGGCGAUUAGAUUCUGGAGUUGUUCUAUCGGCCUCGGCAGCGUAUCCCUACACUCUUACAUUCGCUCAUUGCCAUAGUUUCACCCCUCCAUAGCUACGGCACCACCGAUCCUUGUUGUUUAUGCCAGGGCCCAGGGACUCGCAUCAGAGAACGUGCGACACCUCCGACCUUCACGUUGAUCAACUGCAGGUGAGCAUCCCGAAAAUCCUCCGGAACAGCACACCAUAGGAAAACAAACGGCAUCCAUAUCCAGCAUGCGACCUCAAGGUACUAGUAGACGAUUUAAUGACCGAGCUCAGAGUAGACCGCUGUCGCACGUGAGUGAAAUUGUAUGCCAUAUGCAGCCCUAC